UACCCAAUGAAAUCAGAGGAGGGGAUCGAUUGGUUGGGGGUGUGGUAAUAUGUGGAUUAUGAAAUGAUGUUUUUGCUUGCACAGUUAAACUCUUAAACAUUUCUGCGAACCUGCUGUAGGUAUGUGUGUGUGGUGCAGAAGGCCUACCAGGAUACAGAUACUGUCAUCAGCACCGUCACCACGAAAGUGAAAGGUUUCGCUUUCACCAACACAUCUGACACGGAGCCUCGUUUUUGGGAUGUGGCUGAUUACAUUAUCCCUCCUCAGAGUGAUCAUUCAUUCUUUGUGCUGACGAAUAUGGUUGUGACCCCAAAACAAGUGCAGUCACAUUGUCCCGAGCUUCCAAGCCCAUCAACUACUUGUGUGGAUGACUGCAACUGUGUCGAGGGACGCAGUGAUCCCCGGGGCAACGGUAUACAGACGGGACUGUGUGAGAACUACUCCACCACUGCACGGACCUGUGAAGUGCUCUCAUGGUGCCCACUUGAAAUAGACACUAAGCUGCCUGAGCAUGCGCUGCUGGUUGCAGCAGAAAACUUCACCGUGUUGAUCAAAAACAGCAUCACGUACCCAAAGUUCAACUUUCACAGAAGAAACAUACUGCCUCAUGUGAACUCCUCAUACCUGAAGAGGUGUGAAUUCAGCCGUCUCACAGACCCACACUGUCCCAUAUUCAGACUCAAGCAUAUUGUCUCAGAGGCUGGGGAGGAUUUUCAAGACAUGGCUGUGAAGGGGGGUAUCCUUGGUAUUCUUAUUGACUGGAGCUGUGAUUUGGACUGGUGGGCAGGGGAGUGUUUACCUAAAUACAGCUUCCGGAGGCUGGACAACAAACAUCCUGUCAACAAUGUGGCCCCUGGUUACAACUUUAGAUUUGCUAAAUACUACAAGACAGCAGAUGGAGAGGAAACCAGAACGUUAAUCAAAGCUUACGGGAUCCGCUUCGACGUCAUUGUGUUUGGAACUGCAGGAAGAUUCUCCAUCGUCCCAACCAUAGUGAACUUGGGUGCAGCCUUGUCGUUCCUCAGUUUGGUGCCCGUGGUUGCUGACUGGUUUUUGGUGACUUGCUCAAGGAAACGAGAUCUUUACAGCAGACACAAAACAACACAUCUCACUGAAGAUGCAGACAGUGCAUCGGUGUCAAUGGGGACCACCUAUGGAACCCAGUAGCAGGAACAACAUUUUUCUACAGAGAAAUGGGAACCCUCAUGAAACGACACAUUAAAACAUCAUUUGAAUAUUUCACUAAAAGCAUUCAAAUGUGAUAAUAGAAAGAAGGAGGAUAAACAGUGUUGGAGGACGAACUCUGGCUUUUAUUUAAGUAGCAUCUACAAAACACUCACUAGUAAAAGUAUAAACGUGUAAUCUUCAAAAUAUAAUUAUAAUACCAGCAGCAAAGAUGGAGAAUGAAAGGUUUCAAAAUAAAAUACAGUUCUGGGCUAAUUACUGAUCAUUAAUAUGUUAUUUUACAGCUUGCAGAAAUUAUUUGAUUUGAUUUAUUUGCACUUUUGAGUAGUUUCAUCUAAAAUAAUGUAUUAUCAGUUACCAGGUAAUUGUAUUCAGUAAUAUGAAUUGAGUCAAAAACAUGUAGUUAUGUGAAAAUAAAUGGAAGUAUCGUUACAGAUUAUUUGUAUAAUGUGUUAGGACAUGGAAUCAUCAUCAUUCAUAUGUGCAAUAAUGAUUGCAGAGCAUGGUGUAUUUUAUGAGCCAAUUGUUUUUACCUUUUGCCACGAAUACAUUUUUUAACACUUGAAGACACAACAGACAAACACUUGAAUUUCCU